AUCAUCUACUCGUUCUUAUCUAUAAUACCAAUUCAGAUUCAUCUCCCACCACAAGAGACACUUGAACAUAAUAUCAUUCCCAUCCUGCUGCUUCAUAUUUCGCAUUACUAUCAACCACACUCACUGUUUCCUCUACAUCUCUCGUAACAAUGGCUCCCAGCGCCACCACAACCACCACCACAGCAACCAUCACAACCACAUCUUCACAUCAUGACUUCGCAGACCCCGACGCCCUCCGCACAGCCUUCACCCUCGCCAUGUCAUCCAUGUACAAGGCCGAAGUCCCCCUCUACGGCACCCUCAUCCACAUCGUCAACGCCGUCAACGCAUCAACCCGCACCGCCGACCUCGACCCGCGCGUCCUCGCCAUGCGCCACGGCAACGUCGCCUCCUCAAGACUAGACAUUGAGCGCCACGGCGCAAUCAGACUCGGCACCCCUUACGAACUGCGCACCGUGCGGCGCAUCUUCGCCAUCAUCGGCUUACAUCCCGUUGGCUACUACAAUCUCGCCGCGGCAGGCCUGCCCAUGCACGCAACGUGCUUCCGGCCACGCAGCACCGCAUCCCUAAAGAAGAACCCGUUUCGGGUAUUCACGUCUCUGCUCCGUCCCGAACUCAUCCGUGACGACGAAGCCCGGUCUCUCGCGCUCAAACUGCUCUCCAAGCGCAACAUCUUCACCGCAGAGCUCAUCAACCUGCUCGACCUCGCCGACAAGCAGGGCGGCAGACUGACCGUCGACCAAGGCACCCGUUUCGUCAUCCAAGCCAUGGAGACAUUCCGCUGGCACGGCACCGCGGCUUCUUCGCACGACGACUACCAGCUUCUUAAGAGGGAACACCAGAUUCUUGCGGAUAUCGCAUGUUUCCGCAGCGCGCACAUCAACCACCUGACACCGCGCACGCUCGACAUUUCCGCCGCGCAGGAAGAGAUGAAGUCGCAAGGGUUAAAAGUGAAAGACCGGAUUGAAGGCCCUCCCGGGAGGAAUUGUCCCAUCUUGCUUCGGCAGACGAGUUUCCUGGCCAUUGAAGAGCCCGUACAGUUCUUCACUGCGCAUACUCUGCAGAGCAUAGAAUCUGAAGCAAAACUCGUCAGUGGCUCACAUAAAGCUCGGUUUGGAGAAAUCGAAGAGCGCGGCGCGGCGGUAACUGUUGCUGGGAGACAAUUAUACGACGAGCUACUGAAUGAAGCAAUGGCAGCUGCGGAAUCAACUUCUCAGAAUUCAACGCCAGAAGAGUUGGAUAGACAGGUUGAGGUUGCGUUUCAGAAAUAUCCCGAUGACUGGAAAACGCUGCGAGCACAAAAACUCGUCUACUUCACAUACAAUGUAACAAAUAGACCUCUUCCUGACGUCAAAUCCAGUUUCACAUUGGAGCAUCUCAUCCAGCAAGGCGUCAUCGACAUCACCCCUAUAACAUACGAGGAUUUUCUGCCCUUGUCUGCCGCGGGCAUUUUCCGAUCCAAUCUCGGGACUCAGGCUUCGUCUCAGUCUGUUGACGCACUAUCUAAUGAAGCUGGGAUGGAGGAAGCUCUGGGGGCGAAAUUGAAUAGCUCGGAUGAGCUGUACAAGUCCAUGGAGAAUGAGAGCAUUAGACUAUGUGAAGCUGAGCUAGGGAUUAAGAUCAUUGUGUGAGCUCACAUCGACAUGAUCUAAUUGAAUAUAAUCAAUAAUGCCCGUGUACGAUAAUGAUAUAAUAAUGUAUUUAUGAUUAGACAAAGGGUUAUUUCACCAAGUUAUUAAGAGCAUAUAUACUCCAGAGU